GCUGGCUGAAGUCACGGAGCAAACAGCGUGAAGACUUUACGGCGUGCAGACGGAUCGUCUUUAUUCUGCAACAUUUCACGAGAAGCCGGCGCCGUAACUUUUACACCAAGUGAAACUUUCAGACCGCGGACGGAGUCUCAUUGAGCUUCGUGUAACUUUGGUGAAGUUUGAGACGGAACAGAAACUCGGUCCGUCGGUCGGUCGGUUCUGCAGGAAUGUCGCAGAAAGAGAGACCCAAGUUUUACCGACAGGAGGUCAACAAGACGAUAUGGGAAGUCCCCGAGCGGUACCAGAACCUCGCCCCGGUGGGAUCCGGGGCGUACGGAUCAGUUUGCUCUGCGUUUGACGUGAAGACGGGGUUGAAGGUCGCUGUAAAGAAGCUCUCUCGGCCCUUUCAGUCCAUCGUACACGCCAAACGAACAUACAGAGAGCUGCGGCUGCUCAAACACAUGAAACACGAAAACGUUAUCGGCCUCCUAGAUGUCUUCACCCCUGCUACUUCGCUUAUGGAAUUCACUGAUGUGUAUCUGGUGACUCACCUAAUGGGAGCAGAUCUCAACAACAUCGUGAAGUGUCAGAAACUCACAGAUGACCACGUGCAGUUCCUCAUAUAUCAGAUCCUCCGAGGGUUAAAGUAUAUCCACUCAGCAGACAUCAUUCACAGAGACUUGAAGCCCAGUAACUUGGCAGUGAACGAAGACUGUGAGCUGAAGAUUUUGGACUUUGGCUUGGCACGACACACCGACGACGAGAUGACCGGCUACGUAGCCACCCGCUGGUAUCGGGCCCCCGAGAUCAUGUUGAACUGGAUGCACUACAACAUGACGGUGGACAUUUGGUCAGUCGGCUGCAUCAUGGCAGAACUUCUCACUGGGAAAACCCUGUUUCCUGGCAGCGACCACAUUGAUCAGUUGAAGUUAAUCAUGAAGCUCGUCGGAAUUCCAGGGCCAGAGCUCUUGAUGAAAAUAUCUUCAGAGUCUGCCAGGAACUACAUCAGCUCCUUGCCACAGAUGCCUAAGAGAGACUUCACGGAUGUAUUUCUAGGUGCCAACCCGCAAGCUGUGGACCUUCUGGAGAAAAUGCUGGUUCUGGACACAGACAAGCGGAUAACAGCCGCCGAGGCCCUGGCCCACCCUUACUUCUCCCAGUACCACGACCCGGACGACGAGCCCGAGGCCGAGCCGUACGACCAGAGCUUCGAGAGCCGAGAGCUGGCAAUCAACGAGUGGAAACGAUUGACCUACGAGGAGAUGUGCAGUUUCGAGCCGCCGGUCUUCGACGAGGAUGACAUGGAGUAACGAGACGAGCCGUCCACUUCGACCACUGCCACAGACUCUUCAGCUUGAGCAUUAGAGUUAAAUAAACUGCCACACACACGUCAGACAAGCUGGGUGUGUUCAUCGAGGAAACAUUGGUCAAGAUUAGCUCCUGUGAGCAGCUCAUUACUGCCUAGAUCAAUCGCCUUUUACUUCUAUUUAUCAACCACUAAUGUUGGUGUCCUGCUGGAAAAUAUCAAUUUCUGCCAACCUCUAAAAAAAACAAAACAAAAAAAAAAGAAACCCUUUCUCUUAUAAGUUAAAUCAAUUAGACUCGUAUGACUUUUCACUGUGACACUGAGAUGCUGAAACACCUGGACCUAUUAGCUGUGCUACUUUUUCCCUGUGUUAAAUUUCCUCUUGAGUAACUUAUGAUUAAGCUUUCGUCUCUCAGUUUGAGGAAAGGAUUUGCUUGUGUGCUCCACUCGCCCUGUCAGCUCAGGGUCACAUGUAUUUAUCAUUUUGAUUGUUCUUUAUAUUUAAAUAGAUGGGACCUCCGAAGGGUUCCAGACAUACGACACAAGUAGAUACUUCUGUUUUUAGACGAUUCACAAUUUGAGAAUGUGCCUGACCUGAAGUGCUCACAAGCUGAAUUUCACUCAUUUUAACUGUUUAGAUUCCCUGUGGGGAAAAAUCUGAGCCCCCCCACUCUCGGGGGAUAAUGUUAUUUAGUACGGCACAAAAUGGAAGACAUAUUAAUGGAUACAUGCUGUGGUAAUGAAAACAAUUGUAAAUAUCUGUGAUGUAUUUUUAAAAUCUAAUUCGAAGCAAUCACUGUUAGCAUGUAUGUUGAGAUGUGUGCGUCUGUGGUUGUGCUUUUGGUUUACAGGAUUUUUAUGUGUCACUCUAACCUAAAACAUGGAAGAGAGGGAUUUGUAUUUAUACUGUAUUGAGGUGGUAUUUAUGAACAGCAAUCGAAUGAUCCCUCUAUUUUCUGUCCUGCAGAGUAACUCCUAUCUUUAGUCUUUUGUUUAACAAAAUAAAGACUUAUUUUUAAGAGAU